AUGCCCACCCCCGAGCGCAACACCGACCGACUGCCAUCGUCGCGUCGCAUGCACGAGCAGCAACAGCAGCGCUCACCAUUCAGUCGAGCUCGUGGUAAUUCUCGUGCAGCUGAAGAUUUUGACGCGUCCCGGAUACCCACCCCAUCCUACAAAUAUAACACUCAGCAUCGGACGAAUUUCAGUCAGACCAAUACCUUAACAGGAGCGUUCAGGAAAGCGGGGCGCUACGCAACGAUGGCAGAGAAUGAGGGUAUUGCGGCAUCCGUUCCUUAUUCGAGAGGGACGCCAAGUCCUGGAAGAAGGCGCCAGACUUACAAUGCCCGGUCCCCCGAGUCGAAUCCGCCGAACGAGCUUGCAGAGGCAUAUCGACAGAUAGACGAUGCGGAUAGCCUGGUCGAUCUAGAUCCAGAUGAUGCCUAUGGUCAGGAGGAUAAGAUUGGACGUUCAUCAGGCUAUUACACGCGAGAUUACGAUGUGUUUACGACCUCUGAUGCGAGCUUUCUGAACGAGGUUCAAGACGAGUCACCCCGCCGAAGGUUGUCCGAUCAUAUCCAGGAUGAGCGGCGCUUGAGACGAGCCACGACCAGCCACUCCCCCGUAUUGUCGAAUCGCGGCGGCACUAAGAAUGCCUUGACAGCGGAGAAUCUUCAACGGCGCGAGGAGGAGGAUCAGCCAGUCUCUGGAGACGAUGAUACUUUCCAGCACGGGCUCAAUGUGCCUUCCACUUGGGGUAGCCGAGCGAAACGCAAUACCGACUGGCUCAGGAAAUUAAAGCGACGCGAUGAACCCGAACCUGAACCGGAGCCUGAACCCGAGCAAAGGCCGGAGCGGCCUGUCAAUGUGUCGCCGCCUGUGACCAAGUUCGAUUUUGACUUCCGUACCAGCCCCGGCCGAUCCAAGGAGCCGGCAUCGAACAGGUAUAGCAGGAUCCCCCUAUCAGACGCUCGAAACAAGUUGUCCUCAGAACAUAAGGACGACAAGCCGAUCGGAGGAAAUCCGGAGCCUAUUGCCAAUACUCCAGUCACGGUCUACAAGAAUUCCAGUUUCACCAAGCCAAGUCCCUCGAAGCGCGACUCCCAUGACUUGAUUCGCAGACUUGCGAGACGAGAGAGUCCUGACCAGAAUCGAAAUUCGGAGGAAUUGAGGACACCCGAGGCACCAAAGGGUGGCCAGCGUCGGAUAUAUGACAAAACCCCUGUCGUGACAGGCGCCUGGAUAGACACUCCUAUGACUGAGCGCGUUAUCGAACGUACCACUAAGAUGCCAGAGGAGCUCACAAAUGAUUUCAAGUCCCAGGUCGUGCCAAAUGAGCCGAAACCCGUUUUUCCCGAGGUGCAAGAAGAGUCAGAGACCGAGGUCAAGAGACUCAUGCAGGAGAGAGAACGGGAAGCGGAUAGGAACAAACGAGAGCAGCAAGAGAGAGAGCCUGAGAAAGAGAGAGAGCGCGAAAAGGAGCGAGAGAAAGCAAGGAUGGAGGAGGAGCAGGAAAAGGCGAGAAAAGAGAAUGAAGAGAAGGCAAAAGAAGUGGAAAGACAAAGGGAGGAACAAGAAAAGAGUGAGGGACGAGAGCAGAAGAUGAAACUACCACUCAUCAAACCCGAUCUGCCCAAGAGCGCCCUCGAUUCGGUCAUACAAGAACACAAGGCCGACAAAGAAACCCUCGAUGUGGGUGAUGAUACGAUCGAAAGUCUCCAGGAACUGUUGCUCGAGCAGUCUAAUGAAGCUAAGGCCGACCCAGAGGCGGAUGCCGCCUACGAGAAGUCGGUAAUGGAAAGAUUAGAGCGCAGCCAGGGCGACGAGGACUUGGAUGAUCACAAGAUAAGCGAGAAAUUGCUGUCGCUCGAAGAGAACCAGGACACCUUGAAGAAGAAGAUUGAUGGCGUUGAGGAACAAAUGACACAAAAUAUGCCCAAGAUACCAAAGAUCUCUUCGCGUCCGACAUCUUCCCAAGCUCAUACGCAGUUGAAGCGCACCCGUGCGGGAAAGCCACGCGAUACAUGUAAGACAUGCGAGACUUGCGGCGCACAAGAUGACGGCCGCAUCUAUGCUGCCAUUCCGCUCCCUCUUUUGUGGAGGCGAGAUCCAAUCUCGCGGCGUAUCCGGAUUACGCGACUAGGUUGGUGCCUCCUGCUAUCACUCCUGUGGUUCGUUUCUGAAUCGACCAUGUGCGACUACUACUGCCAUCCCACUGUUGCUCCCGUUUGCGAAGGGAACUGUCUGCGUCGUGAUGCGCCGCGAUUUCCGUUUGUGCUUCCUACGAUGCUAUGGCGUUGGUCUCAUCUCUCUUCUGCUCUGGCACCAGUUGCGACACUUGGGAUUGCGCUCAUCAGGCUCCUAGCGCAGCUCCUGGGUCUCUGGGACGGGUAUGUGGACGUGCCACCGCGGACACUCAACCUUUCUGGCGAGGUCCGUAUCUACGGCACACGAAUUACUCAUUCGCCUGUGACCGCAACGGCUACUCCGGGGUUCUUUGCCAGGCAAUGGCCGGCCAAGGAGAUCAGAUACACUUCGGAAGCUGUGUACAAGCCAGAAGCUGUUCCAGAGUCGAGGCUGGAGGAAGAGUUGCCUCGAGAUGUGUGGGACGAUGACUCGAUGGACGACGACGAAUUAUUGUAA